AUGCUGGGAUGUAUGGUGCGUAAGCGAGUGAGCAUUUGGCUUCGUCAACGGUGUUAUUUGUCGGGUGCUACUGUUUUGUGUCGAAGACGAGAGGUGGGGAAGGGUGAUGUCGAAGGAAAGCAUGCCAAUAUGGGUGAUAUGGUGAGGUAUCUGCAGGGGCGUGUGCCUCUGUUGUUGCAAGAUUGUAUUGGGGAUUGCCGGUUAGCUGAGGAUGUGAGUUUGAGGGUGUUGCCUUUGUCGCGGCCUUAUAUUCCGAAAUUCCAUGGGCGGAACCAUUAUAAGACAGCAUGGAAGGGGAUUCAAGUGAUUAUGAACACGUUUGUGGUGCGGCAGCCUUGUUUAAUUCAGGUUAGGAGGCUGGAGGUAGAUGAGGUGGGACAGAAGAUAAGGAUAUGGUGGGAUACAGUAGAAAGAACAGCGUCGGAAGUGUCACGUGGAGAGAGUUCGACGGUGGACACCUCUGGUGAGGGCUGGCAAGGUAGUAGUAAUGAGGAAUUGUGGCGCAAGAUUGGACAGCGGCCAGAUGAGAAGUGGAUACGGAACUUGAUAAGAGAUACAAAAGUUAAGUCGCGCGUUGUGAGUGGGUUGUUUGAGUUCGAGCUAGAUGUGAAUAAUGAGAAGAUCAAGCGCCAUACGAUUGACAAUGUAGAGAUGCUUGACGAUGGAGAAAAGAAAAUGGCUGCAAAACACGAUUCCAGCCUAUGUGCAGCUUAA